UGACGCAUACAAGCCCUCCUCAUCACCAUCAUCAUGGCAACAGAAGCAGAGGCGUCGACCUCAAAGCAGGCCAUGGCCGCCUCCGACUCGGGGGAUGGAAAAGAGAUGCAACUCACCCUGCCCUCUGCCACUCCCACCUCGGAGUUGCCCACCUUUGCCUCGAUGUCCCACCUCCUCUCGCCUCCCAUCCUCGUCGCCCUCUCCUCUCUGCGCUUCUCCCACCCAACGCCAGUGCAAGCUCAGGUGCUGCCCCUCGCGCUAUCGGGACACGACAUUGUCGCUCGCGCCCGCACUGGCUCAGGAAAGACGCUCGCCUAUGCCCUGCCCGUGGUGCAAAAGAUCAUCAAGGCGAAAGAGGCAGAGGGAAAGGCGAGCGGGCAAUACCAGCGAACUCGAGCUCUCAUACUCGUACCGACCCGCGAGCUCGCUGAACAGGUCACCUCGCACGUAGGCCGUAUCUGCGCCGGCUCAGGCGGACAGCACGAUGUGCGCGUAGCCAACAUUGCGCGAGACGCCUCAGCCUCGGUACACGCUCUCGCCCUCGCCGAUCGACCAGAUGUCGUCGUCGCCACUCCCUCUUCAGCACUCAAGGCUCUGCAACAGACCAAGUCGCUCAAUCUUGAAGCUCUUCACUCCCUCGUACUGGACGAGGCAGACCUUCUCCUCUCCUACGGACACGACGCAGCUGUACGAUCCCUCUUCGCCCUCAAUGUCCUGCCGCAAAGCUAUCAGAGCUACCUCAUGUCCGCGACGAUGAGUCAGGACGUAGAGGAGCUGCGGGAUCUCCUCGCCAAGGGAGGCAGUCGCAAGGCACAAGUGCUCAACCUGCAAGACCCUACGCACCAUGCCCACCUUCGCCAAUACUACGUACACCUCUCCGAGGAGUCCAAGUUCCUCCUCGUCUACGUGCUGCUGCGCCUCAAGCUUGUGCGCGGCAAGGUCUUGAUCUUCGUCAACGACGUCGAUCGAGGCUACAAGGUCAAGCUCUUCCUCGAGGCCUUCGGCGUCAAGUCGUGUGUCCUCAAUGCCGAGAUGCCUGCCAACUCGAGGUAUCACGUUGUGCAGGAGUUCAACAAGGGGGUGUACGAUGUCGUCAUUGCUACGGAUGAGGCGAGCAGUGGGUUGGGCACCAAGGAUGAAGAUUUGAUGGAGCCGGCUGAGAAGGAGGUGGAAGAGGAGGCGCAGGAAGGAGAGGGCGAGGAGGAGGCAGAGACCGAGAAGGACGACGAUGAAGACGAGGGGGAAACGCCCACCUCUGCUGCCGCAGGGAAGCGCAAGCGCAAAGAGGCAGAAGACGCCAAGGCAGAAUCAUCUUCAAAGAAGACAAGCAAGGGCAAGGACGCCUCUUCGUCGACCAAGAAGUCCAAGCUCACCACCGAGUACGGCGUCUCCCGCGGAAUCGACUUCAUCUCCGUCUCCUGCGUAAUCAACUUCGACCUCCCCACCUCCCUCUCCUCCUACAUCCAUCGCAUAGGUCGUACAGCUCGCGGCCAUUCUACCGGAAUCGCUCUGAGCUUCGUGGUCCCCUCGCACCUGGCAGGUAAACGCGUGCAAGGAGCGGGCAGCGCGGCAGAGACUGCCGUCUCCUCGUUGGACAAGGCGGCUCCGGGUGGUUUGACGGCCAUUAAAGGAUUGGCAUCGCCCACCUCCCAGCUGGACGCAAAGACGUGGCGCAAGAUCUCCCGCCACAUGAGUCGCUCCCGCGCUGAUGUGCGUCCAUGGCUCGUUCACUGGCCUACGGUCGAAGGGUUCCGCUAUCGUGUUGAGGACGCUUUGCGUGCGACGACUACGCGGGUCAAGGUCAAGGAGGCGAGAAAGGCAGAGGUGGCGAGGGAGAUGCUGAGGAGUGAGCGACUUCAGGGUUGGUGGGAGGAUAAUCCGCGCGAUGCAUUGUUCCUCCGACAUGACGUGGCGGCGCAGAAGGGUGGUAGUGGUGGGGUAGCAAACGGGCCUGGCAGGCAUCUGAAGCACGUUCCGGCAUAUCUGCUGCCUGCUGGAGGAAGGAGCGCACUUCAAGAGCGCGGUGAGGAGUUGAGGGCGCCGAGGUUGAGCGAGGUGGAUGGCGAGGAUGGCGGAGGAAAGCGAUCUAGCGUUUCGUACGAUGAGCAUGGGAGGAGUUUGGGGUACGUGGGGAUGAGGAAGGGUGCGGGCCAGCGGGGUGGUGCUAGUGGGCGGGGUGGGCGAGGCAGAGGAAGGGGCAGAGGUGGUAAUGCAGGCGGUGGCGGGGGGAGGAAGAAGGACCCGCUGCGCGUGGGGGGUGGCUCGAAGAAGAGGUGAAGCAGCGCACCCAGCCUAUCCUCUCGCGUACUGCGCAACCUUAUGUCACCAAUUGCAUCUCUCUCACGCCUCAUCCCCCUCCAACCACCGCAUUCAACCACUUGAUCAGCUCCUCCGCCUCGUGUCGCCAUCGCUCUCCACUCCUCUUCUCCUCCUCAUCCCCAGCCGAGUCCAUCGUCUCAUUCGAAGCAGGCGGGGCUGCCACGACCCUCUUGAGGUACUCAUGCGCCAGCGCCGUGUUCUCGAGGCG